AGUUUCAACCCAUGACCACCAUGCAGAAGCUGCUGCUGCAGCUGCCGGCGAACGCGGCGAACAUGGUGAAGUCGGUGCAGAGUCAGGUGCAGGGCCAGGAGGAAGACAAGAGCCCCGUGCUGAGCCCCGACGGCGUGCAGCAGGCCUGGUACAGCGCGCUGCAGCCCGACGAGCUGCGCCACCUCCGAUCCGGAGGAACGGGAGGAGGAGGAGGAGGGGGAGGGGGAGGAGGAGGAGGAGGAGACCACGAGGAACGAGCACCGCUGGACGAAGGCGGCGGAGGUGGCGGAAGUUUCCAAACACAACCUUUGCGACACGACGACUUGAAGGAGAUGCUGGACAGCAACAAGGACUCCCUGAAGCUGGAGGCGAUGAAGCGGAUCGUGGCGAUGAUCGCCCGAGGUAAAAACGCGUCAGAUCUCUUCCCUGCUGUGGUGAAAAACGUCGCCUGUAAAAACAUAGAGGUGAAGAAGCUUGUCUACGUGUACUUGGUGCGUUAUGCCGAGGAGCAGCAGGACCUGGCUCUGCUCUCCAUUUCCACCUUUCAGCGAGGGUUGAAGGAUCCCAACCAGCUGAUCAGAGCCAGCGCGCUGCGAGUCCUCUCCAGCAUCCGGGUCACCAUCAUCGUCCCCAUCAUGAUGCUGGCCAUCAAAGAGGCCGCCUCGGAUAUGUCUCCGUACGUCAGGAAGACGGCUGCUCACGCGAUUCCUAAACUCUACAGUUUGGACCCAGAGCAGAAGGACCAGCUUAUCGAAGUCAUAGAGAAAUUACUCGCUGACAAAACCACGCUGGUGGCGGGCAGCGUCGUUAUGGCCUUCGAGGAAGUGUGCCCUGAGCGCAUCGACCUGAUCCACAAGAACUACAGGAAGUUGUGCAACCUGCUCAUCGACGUGGAGGAGUGGGGGCAGGUGGUCAUCAUAAACAUGCUGACCCGCUACGCCAGGACCCAGUUCCUCAACCCCAACAUGAACGAGUCCCUGCUGGAGGAGGGAAGCGACAAGACCUUCUACGGCUCAGACGAGGACGAGGACGAGGAGAAAGAAGAGAAAGAGGCGAAGGCCGAGGCUCCCGCGGCCAGGAGGAAGCCGUACGUGAUGGAUCCCGACCACCGGCUGCUGCUGAGGAACACCAAGCCGCUGCUGCAGAGCCGCAACGCAGCUGUGGUGAUGGCUGUGGCUCAGCUCUAUUUCCACCUCGCCCCUAAAGUGGAGGUCGGGGUGAUUGCCAAGGCCCUGGUCCGUCUCCUGAGGAGCCACAGCGAAGUCCAGUACGUCGUUCUUCAGAACGUGGCAACCAUGUCGAUCAAGAGAAGGGGGAUGUUUGAACCGUACCUGAAGAGUUUCUACAUCCGGUCCACGGACCCAACGCAGAUUAAAGUCCUUAAGCUGGAGGUUCUCACCAAUCUGGCCAACGAAACGAACAUUUCCACCAUCCUCAGAGAGUUUCAGACUUACAUCAAAAGCAUGGAUAAAGACUUUGUGGCCGCCACCAUUCAAGCCAUCGGCCGCUGUGCCACCAACAUCGGCGAGGUGAGGGACACGUGUCUGAACGGCCUGGUGCAGCUGCUGUCCAACCGAGACGAGUUGGUGGUGGCGGAGUCGGUGGUGGUCAUUAAGAAGCUGCUGCAGAUGCAACCGGAGAAGCACAGCGACAUCAUAAAGCACAUGGCGAAGCUGACGGACAACAUCCAGGUGCCGAUGGCGCGGGCCAGCAUCCUGUGGCUGAUCGGCGAGUACUGUGAGCAUGUUCCCAAGAUCGCUCCCGACGUCCUGAGGAAGAUGGCCAAGUCGUUCACCAACGAAGAAGACAUCGUCAAGCUGCAAAUCAUCAACUUGGCCGCCAAGCUCUAUCUGACCAACUCCAAGCAGACCAAACUGUUGACGCAGUACGUCCUCAACUUGGCCAAGUACGACCAGAACUACGACAUCCGCGACCGGGCGCGCUUCAUUCGCCAGCUCAUCGUGCCCACGGAGAAGAGCGGCGCCCUGAGCAAGUACGCCAAGAAGCUGUUCCUCGCCCUCAAACCGGCCCCGGUCCUCGAGUCUCCGUUUAAAGAUCGAGACCACUUCCAGCUGGGUUCUCUGUCCCACCUGCUGAACGCCAAGGCGGGGGGGUACCAGGAGUUGCCCGACUGGCCCGAAGCCGCCCCAGAUCCCUCCGUGCGCAACGUGGAGGUGAAGGAUUCUGUGCCCGAGUGGACCAAGUGCAGCAGCCGGGAGAAGAGGAAGGAGAAGAAGGUGGAGAAGCCGUUCUACUCGGACUCGGAGGGCGAGUCCGGGCCGACGGAGUCCGCUGACAGCGAGUCGGACUCCGCCAGCGGGUCGGAGAUGGGCAGCGGCCUCGGGGAGAGCGGGUCGGGAUCAGAGAGCGAAGGGAGCGAGGAGGGCUCCGAGUCUGAGGAAGAGGAGGAGGAGGACGACGACAAGGACAAGAAGAAGAUGAAGAAAGAAUUAAAGAAGCCAGUGAAAGAAAGCGAAAGCGAGCAAAGCAGCGAGGAAGACGAGAGGAAACCCCAGAGGAAGAGCAACAACCAGCAGAGCGACUCCGAGUCCGAGUCCGACGAGGAGAGCGAGUCCGAAAGCAGCCAAUCGGAGUCCGACGACUCGGAGUCGGAGGCCGAAGUCAAAAAGAAGAAGAAGAAGGCAGCUGAAUCCAAACCUGCUGCCAGGCCCGUCAAGAAGGAGAGCAAGAAAGACCCGAAAGAAAUGUCUCUGCUCGACCUCGAUGACUUCGAACCCGCUGCGUCUCCUCAAGUCACGCCGGUCAGCAGCUUCCUGUCCAACAGCCUGGUGACCGACCUGGAGGGACUGUCUCUGUCUGACGCCGUCCUCUCUCCGGCUAACAUCUCUCCCUGCAGUGCACUGAAGAGCUACGAGCUGCUGCACCGCAUCAGAGGCGAGGGCCUGUCGGUGGAGUACUGCUUCAGCCGCCAGCCCUUCAGCCCCGACGGCAACAUGGUGGCCGUGCAGAUGCAGUUCACCAACAACGCCGCCUCGGAGGCCAAGAGCCUGCACAUGGAGGACGUGAAGCUGCAGAGCGGCAUGAGGGUCAAAGAGUUCCCAGAGAUCGAGCUGCUGCCGGCGGGCGAGACGGCCACGUCCGUGAUGGGCAUCGAUUUCUGUGACUCCACGCAAGCCGCCAACUUCCAGCUCUGCACUCACACCAGGAAAUUCUUUGUGUCGAUUCAGCCGCCGGUCGGGGAGCUGAUGAGGCCCGUCUUCCUGACUGAAAAUGAGUUUAAAAAGGAGCAAGGUCAGCUGAUGGGAAUGAACGAGAUCACGGAGAAGCUCACGCUGGACCCAAAGUGCCGCAACGAACACACCAUCGUCCAGAGGGUGACCGCCGCCGCCAACCUCAGCAGAGUGCCGUGCGGCUCAGAUAAGGAGUGCAGGUUCGCCGGCCGGACGGUGACCAGCGGCAGCCUGGUGCUGGCUACCGUGGCAACCAAAGAGGGAGGAGCCGCCCAGCUGACGGUCAACUGUGAGAAAAUGGUGAUCGGCACCAUGCUGGUGAAGGACGUCCUGCUGGCUCUGACACAGUGACCUGUGACCUUUUGCCCUCUGCACCCUCUCCCCCCCUCUCCCCCUCCUCUCUCACAUAUCGCCCAUCACGCGUGUAGCAUCUCCUCCGUUAUCCUGUUACCAGCGUCCGCGUGGACGUUUCCAGGACUCCAGUUUGUUGUGGUCUCGUUACUUUUAGAAAUCGCUCCUGCGUUUCACACAAAGUCCUUCUCUUCCUUCCAAAAGGAUUUAUUUUGUGACUUAUUUCACUUCCACGAGGAACCAAUUGGAUUCAUUUUACUCCCGAUUUCUGGGUCGACUUUAAAAAAAGAAAUUGGUGCAUCUUUUAAACCUUUGAGCUGCAUUCAAAAUGAAAAGGAGCCGGCGUCGACUCAUCCGAGAGGGAACAGAAAUGAGGCCGAAUGAAUGAUUACACACACACAAUUCUAAAAUCAGCCAGCGAUACAUUCAGUAAAUUAUCAGAGGAUAGGAACUAAUCAUCUACGUGGUGUUAUGGGACUUGGAUUGAGAUACAAGAAACGAGAGAAGGUAAAACAGGAGAAUAAAAGUAGCCAAUUCUCUCAUAUGUGGAGAGACCCAAAUCUGUCACACAAGCUGUAGGAUCUUCAUGUGACUUCCUGCGAUAAUAAACGUCUGCCUCGCUGUCAUAGUGCACUCGUUCAUUACAAUAAGUGGAGUAUUUAUAAGAACUGAAGAUGUAUAAAUAUUGUUUAUGUAUUGCAACAUGUAAUACAGUACUACUGUAGGUAAACUGUGUGUGUGUGUGUGUGUGUGAGUGAAAGCGUGAGUGUGAUGACACUGAACAUUUCAUUUGCUCAAAAUGACACUUGACUUGAAAGAUUCUAAUGAUUAACACCAUCGAAUGCUGCGAGGCGAGCGUUUUAAUGAAUGAGAAUAAAUAACAGGCUAUUGAUCGUAUUGGUUUUCAUGCGAACGCGAGACACUUUAAUUCAUGUUUUCAGGUCAGAGGUCAUGUGGCUUUUAUUUUGUUAUGGAUCCUCAUGUGCAGCAGCUGCAUGUUUCUCAUCUUUGAAGAAAGUAUUUGUGUAUUUAUGUACUUUACAGUCUAAUUUCAGAGAGCUCUUAUUUUGGCCUUCUUUUUCUACCUGUUGCAUUGUUUACCAUCAGACCACUCAGACCUGAUAUUUCCAUCAGCUAUGAUGCAGAAUGUAGAGAGUAGGAAUGAUGCUUCUAAUGUGAAGAAAAGAGACGGCUUUCACAGGAAUUUAUUACUUUCAUGUCUUGCAUUUUUAUUUUUACCUGCAUCGGCUUUCAAAUAUCUAAAUUGUUUCAUUCAGAAUGUGUGUGGUUGUGAAAUGUGUUCCUGAACUAUUACAAGUUUAUUUAUUAUACAAAUAAAAAAAAUACAGAUUCA